AUGAUCUCUUUGAAGAAUGUACUAGACUUCAGGUCGCUGAUGAACUGGCACAAGAAGUUGGGAGUGGGUGAAGAGGACAGCUUGGAGUGGGCAACGUGGAGGGAGCAAGUUUUACACUUGGACACCAUCACCAGGCAGCAGAGCACAGACGCAGUGGCCAGAGUCGCUCAGCUCUGGAAUACAGCAGAAAAUGGAGGACGCAAGAACAUUAGUGCUGCAACACUGGCUCUGCCAUCCAAGCUCCCUCCUCUGCCAUCACAACUCCCUCCUCUGCUGUCCAAGCUCCCUCAUCUGCCAUCACAACUCCCUCCUUUGCCGUCCAAGCUCCCUCAUCUGCCAUCACAACUCCCUCCUCUGCCAUCAAAACUAGCUCCUCUGCCAUCCAAGCUACCCCCAUUGCCAGCCAAGCUCCCCCAUUUGAAUCCACCCCUUCUGAGAGCAUUCUGCAACCCAGUUGCCCCUCUGCCUCCCAUCCAGUGCAGGAGAAAACAAGAGGACCUAGACCUAGAGAGUGUUUCAGAACAUUCCACACAGAGUGCUGUGGCAGAGCACUUGAUGGUGAAUCUGGAUGCUGAUGGUCAAAGUCCAGAGGCUACCAGCACAUUGUCCUCUGAGUCCCUAGCAGCAGGUGACAGCGUGGUAGAGCAGGAGAGGAAAAAGACGAGAAGCAUUAAAGAGAGGUUUUUUCAGUUCAUCAGGAAACUGAACUGCUGCAGUGCCAAAGAGGACUAGAAAGUCCCAUCAACCCACUUUGAUCAUUUGUAUUAGUUUAAUUUUCCUAG